AUGGCUCUGUCCCUGGCCGGCGAGUCGGUCCCCGGAGACGGCGGAGACUCGUUCGGGACAAGCCCCGCCGGCCUCGCCUCCUACUACCCCUCUUUCCUCCCACCCACCCAUUACUUCCAGACGGCCCCCGACUUCUUCCAGCCCCUGAAACCCCAGGGCGAGCUGGUUUCCUCCUCUCCGCCUCUGCCUCCCUUCACCUUCAGCAGGGUCCCCGCUUUUCUGAGCCAGCCGCCCUCUCUGCCCCCCGACUCUUUCCCCAGCCUUCCUUUGCCCGUCUACACCUGGCUGCCGGCCCCCUUCCCUCCCAGCGGGGGCUCGGCCCUCGGGACGGGGGCCCCGGGGUCGCUCUCGCCGCCCUACCCGAGUCCCCCGCGCAGGGCUGCCCGCAGCCCGGGGGCAGACGGGGCGGCGGGGCAGAGCUGCAGGUACCACUUCACCGAGGAGGAGCUCAACGCGGUGCUCUACGGGGCACUCCGGAGCAGCCAGCCCGCCGGGAAUCUCCACGCCAUCUCGGGGCUCCGGGUGUCCCCCGCCAGCUCGGGCGCUGCGGACUCGGCCGCCCCGCUGCUGGACCGGGACUCGCUGCAGCUCCCCGAAGGGCUCUCGGUGCUGCGGGUGGCCUACGGAGACGUGUCUCAGCUCGGAGUCUUCUGUAUGGACCCCAUCCCAAAAGGAGUCCGCUUCGGCCCUUUCCAAGGCAAAGUGGUCAACACGAGCGAGAUCAAGACUUACGACGACAACUCGCUGAUGUGGGAGAUCUUUGAAUACGGUGGCCUGAGCCACUUUAUCGACGGGAAGGGCGCCGCUGGCAACUGGAUGUCCCUGGUGAACUGUGCCAGGUUCCCCGAGGAGCAGAAUUUGACGGCUAUCCAGUGCCAGGGACAAAUCUUCUACGAGACCUGCAAGGAAAUCUUCCCGAAGCAGGAGCUGCUGGUGUGGUACGGCGAUUGCUACGUGCAAUUUCUGGGCAUCCCCAUCAGCUUGAAGGGCAUGGCGGAGGGGAAGAAACCCCCGCAGCACCCCGAAGAAGCCGGGGAGAGCUUCAAGUGUGAGCGCUGCGGCAAAGUGUUUGCCUACAAGUACUACCGGGACAAACACCUCAAGUACACCCGCUGCGUGGACCAGGGGGACCGCAAAUUUCCUUGUCACCUUUGUGACCGAUCCUUUGAAAAAAGAGACAGGCUGAGGAUCCAUAUUCUCCACGUUCACGAAAAGCACAGACCUCACAAGUGCUCAACGUGUGGGAAGAGCUUUUCUCAAUCCUCCAGCCUGAACAAACACAUGAGGGUUCACUCUGGGGAACGCCCCUACAAAUGUGUCUACUGCAACAAGGCAUUCACAGCGUCCAGCAUCCUGCGCACUCACAUCCGCCAGCACUCGGGGGAGAAGCCCUUCAAGUGCAAGCACUGCGGCAAAGCCUUCGCCUCGCACGCCGCCCACGACAGCCACGUGCGGCGCACCCACAGCAAGGACAAGGGCUGCACCUGCUCCGUGUGCGGCCAGCACUUCCCCCAGCAGGAGGAUUACAGCUUCCACGUGAAGAUUCAUGCUGCUCAUUAG